AUGGAUGAGUUUAACAUUAGUUUCCUUCUGAAAUUGAUCUCCCAUCUCCACGACAUGCUUUUGUUGUACUAUAAUUACUAUAAUCGUUCAUUAGCUGAAGAAAAUAAUUGA